AAUGCGCCAAGGGAGAACAUUUGGGCAUCAUUCGAUUUCUGAUUUUGCAACGAAGACGUCGCAUCGGCUUCCAGCAAUAUCGUGUGCGGUUCGGUUCGUCUGCCAAACCGGUAAUAAUUCGAUUCGCUGUGAUUUUUCGUGUGUUGUCUUGCGGCUGCGAGGAAAACUCGGAAAAACCGCGGCGCUCAUUUGGCAACUGGCAGAAAUGCGCUGUUUCCUGCCUUUGGUGUCCCUGCUCCUGGCAGCGGGGCUCGUCCACGCGGAUGUCUCUCACCUGGACACGGAUCUGCAGGAGGAUGGCUAUCACUACAAGCAGCCGUCUGUGCCGUUUCCGCCUCCGGGCUCGGGAAAUGGCAUUGAGGACGGUGGCAGGCCAGGACCUUCGCCCUCGGCUCCGGCUCCUUCCUAUGGACCACCGCAGACGCAGCCACCUCGUCCCCAGCCGCAGCCAACUCCCACGGCUCCUGCCCCGUCUCCUUCGUAUGGACCUCCCCAGACGCAGCCACCACGUCCUCCACCGCAGCCAACUCCCACGGCUCCUGCUCCUGCCCCGUCUCCAUCGUAUGGACCACCGCAGACCCAGCCACCUCGUCCGCCGCCACAACCAACUCCAUCGGCUCCUGCACCAUCUUAUGGACCUCCCCAGACGCCGCCACCUCGUCCGCCGCCGCAGCCAACUCCCUCGGCUCCAGCUCCCUCCUAUGGACCCCCACAACCACAGCCUCCAUCCCCGCAACCUGGACCGGAGUACCUGCCACCACCACCCCCUGCACCUCCUGCACCCAGGCCACAACCCACUCCGCCACCACCCCCUCCACCCAGGCCACAGCCCACUCCAGGAUAUGGUCCGCCACCACCUCCUCCACCCAGGCCGCAGCCCACUCCAGGAUAUGGUCCGCCACCACCUCCUCCACCCAGGCCGCAGCCCACUCCUGGCUAUGGACCACCCCCUCCGCCUCCAGGACCUGGUCCCAAGCCUCCAGGACCACGCCCACAGCCGGGAUCUGAGUACCUGCCGCCUCCUGGCGAGAACGAGGUGACCCCAACUCAACCGCAGCCAACUGCUCCAGUGCCGGAAUAUGGUCCACCACCACCGUCAAAGCCUGCACCACCUCCGGGGCCCACUUAUCAGCCACGUCCGUCUCCACCUGCACCACCAGCACCUGCACCUGGACCCACUUAUCAACCACGACCACCAAGUCCGCCUGCUCCUGCACCAGGACCCACUUAUCAACCACGCCCGCCAAGUCCUCCUGCACCACCGGCACCCACUUAUCAGCCACGCCCACCAGCACCACCUGCCCCAGCACCAGGACCCACUUACCAGCCACGCCCCCCGGCACCACCAGCUCCUGCCCCAGGACCCACCUAUCAGCCACGACCCCCAGCACCACCUGCACCACCAGCACCCACCCAGGAGUACGGACCACCACCACCUACCAGUGGUGGCGAUGAAGCGGGCUCGCUGGGACCCGAUGGCUACAACUACAACAAGCCUGCCAAACCCUUUACCUUCUAGACAAGUACUCAAGUCCACUGUCCUGUGAACCACCAUUGGACCCACAGCCCACCACCCCAACCACUAAAAUCUUUUUCCAAAUAAAAAAAAAAUCUCGAAAAGCCAAA